CACCCACCACCCUCAUCUCCACCACCACCAUCAUCUCCACCACCACCGUCAUCUCCCCCACCUUCAUCUCCACCACCACCGUCAUCUCCACCACCCUCUCCUAAGCCACCCACUCCUUCUCCUUCAACCAAGAAGGCUAAGUGCAAGAACAAAAACUACCCAAGUUGUUAUAAUCUCGAAUUUUCAUGCCCUGCCUCUUGCUCUGGUGGUUGUCAAGUUGACUGUGUCUCUUGCAAACCUGUUUGUAGGUGUGACAUGCCUGGAGCUGUUUGCCAAGAUCCUCGUUUCAUCGGCGGUGAUGGGAUUACCUUCUACUUCCAUGGUAAGAAGGACAAAGAUUUUUGUCUUGUCUCCGACCCUGAAUUUCACAUCAAUGGCCACUUCAUAGGAAGGCGAAACGAGAACAUGAAGAGAGACUUCACUUGGGUACAAUCCAUUGCUAUCCUUUAUGGUAAUCACAAGAUCUCCAUUGGCGCACUAAAAACAGCAACAUGGGAUGAUUCCAUCGACCGCCUUUCCCUCCACUUUGAUGAUAAACCCAUACUUCUUAAUGACGAGGAAGGCGCAAGAUGGCAAUCUGAAACUUCACGUAUGGCCUCUAUAACUAGAAUCAGCAACACUAACGAUGUUGCCAUCGAAGUUGAAAAUAUUCUCAAGAUCACUGCCAAGGUUGUACCUAUUACAGAGCAAGAAUCCCGAGUUCAUAACUAUGGCAUAACGAAAGAUUACUGUUUUGCACAUCUUGAACUUGGAUUCAAGUUUAUCUCUUUGAGUAAUGAAGUGAACGGUGUUUUAGGGCAAACGUAUAGGAAGAACUACGUGAGCAAAGUUAAGAUGGGUGUUCUGAUGCCUGUAAUGGGAGGUGACAAGGAAUUUGCAACUUCAGGACUCUUUGACGCUGAUUGUUCCGUGGCUAGGUUUCAAGCAAAUGGAGAACAAUCUGAUAAGGAGGUUGGCUUUGCUUUGGAGUUGCCGAGCUUGAGCUGCACUAGUGGACUUUAUGGACGUGGAGUGGUCUGCAAGCGCUAGAAUCAUUACUAAUGCAAUUAACCUUAGGGUUUCAUGAUCACUACUUUAAUGGAUAAGGAUUUAUACCAAUAAUAAUGGAGAUUCAAGCAUCUCCUCAAAAAUAUCUUUGACUUCUAAAGAAAAGUUAAUGAUUUUAUUCUCCUUACUGAUGGAGAAAUAUUGGCAAUUGUUUCUUUGAACUUUGAAGUGGAGUAUAUUUUUUUUCCUUUUUCGAAAUUUGUAUCUUUAAAGGUUUUGCAGGAAAAAAGCAC